UCCCAGGUUGAUUUUUGUACCCAGUCAAGAUAGCUUAUCAGUGGAAGGAUUAAUAUCAGUCAUUGCCAAUUAAGAUAAAUUGGUCACACAAGACCUCUAUAGCCUUGUGACGGGACUAGCACAAGCAGCUGACUAAGCUUAUACAAUGUGGAGGAAUGUAUAUUGUGAAAGAGGCUCAAAGGAAUCAAGCAAAUCUCUUUGCUAGAUGCAAUUUUGCACCAAAAUCUGAAGGUAGAGAACAUAGAGAACAUUUGGGUGGGCAUAGGUUUGCAAAAGGAUAGUUGUUGCUUUGUUGUUGUUGUUAGUACCCUCAAAUCGACCCCAAUUCAUGGUGACCCCGUGUAUGAGACAUCUCCCAAAACUGAUUGUCUUCCACUACUCUACUCAGGUCUUGUAGAUUCAGGCCCUUAACCUAAUUGAAUCUAGCUAUCUGACAUGUGGCCUUCCUCUCUUUCCACUGCCUUCUAUCUUUCUUAGCGUUAUUGUCUUUUCUAGUGAGUCUUCUCAUGAUGUGGCCAAAGUACGACAGCCUCAAUUUGAUCAUUUUGGCAUCCAGGAGAUUACAGGCUUGAAAUAUCAUAUAUAGUACUGAAUCAGACUGUGCAAUAUUGUUUUCCUUGACUGGCAGCAGCUUGCCAAAGUCUCAGAUAGGGAUCUUUUCCUAUUUUUGCUACGUGCGACACUGGUAACUACCAGCAUAAUUUAUGCACGCAAAGUGUGCCUUCUACCACACUUUGGGAUAAAGGAGUGUAAUAAGAGAAAGAAAGAAAAACCACACACAUCCUAUCCAGAGUUCACAAUCUAAACAAAGCCUGCCUGUGUACUGAGAUGUGACUUAUAAUAUAAUGCUUUACCUUAAAGUGCCUUCGUCCUCUAAUGCCCUCUUGAGCUGGCUUGCUGGAAGGGGAAGGCAUGAGACAGUCCUUUCACCGAGGUCUGUAUUCCCUGAGCCAAGGGGCGACACAGAUUUUUGUGUUGCUAUGAGAAAUUUGGGUUUGUCUGAAUGACCUUUCAGGGUCAUUUAUUGCUAGGGGAACCACACACAUAUCACUCCAAAAGAAGACAAAGGAGGAUCUUGCUAUGCAUAAAAUUGCAUAUGUGAAUUUAUAUGUACAGAUGCAAAGUAAGGAAUUACUGAAUUACACAGGAUGUCUCAACUUAGUGGGGAAAGUUGUAACCACACAAUGUCUGCAGCUGCUGAGUCUGGCUAGAAGCUAAUGGUGGAUGCACAACUUCAAGAUUUCCAUUCUCAGUCUUAGUUGCUGGCUGGUGUUGGAGGACAGAUAAGUGUGCUAAAUUAACCCAUUGCCUUCUGGUGUGUUGAAGGAUGCUAUCCUAUCCACCAAUGUACCAUCCUAUUGCUUCACUGUGGAUGAUGAUGUUCUGGGUGAUUGUUAUGGUGACCCAGCAGUCUGAGUUUCUCAAUGCUUAUUUUGCAUCUGAAUGCCUGGCCACAACAUUUACAAUGGCUUCUUUCACCGGCUCUUUUAUCUCCGGCUGCCACAUGGCCAACCAAUGUAGAUAUCAAAAGGUUCGCAUGAAAGGCUACAAAUUACAUCCCGCUGUGGACAUCAUCUUGAUUUGUUGCUGGGCAGGUGCACAAUAGGCUUUCUCAUAUCCGCUGGUGCAUCUUUAGCUUCAUGACAUUUUCCUGCACAUUCACAGAUGCAAUAACCAUUGUUUAUUGCAAGCAAUGUAUUUGCAGGCUAUCACUGGCUUUAGGUGGAAGAGGUAACAAGACAGCUCUCAUAUCGCUGCAGAAAGGGCUCAGAAAGAGUCCCGAUUUGGUGGUGGUCUGCAUCAGUCUCUCUGCGAGACUUGAUGAGCCGUCAAAAUGAGCAUGCAGUGUCUCAUCAUCAUUCUUGCAUUUCUUGUGCCCGGUUUGGUUACUGAGGCUAUAUCCUUUUCGGAAGGGAUACCUUGUUCCAAGUAUCAAGUAGCUUUCAAUUGGUCCUGCUAUGAGUUUGUCAGGCUCCAGCGCACUUUCCCAAGUGCUCAAAGCUGGUGUGAGAGAGGAGGGGGACACCUGGUCUUCAUUGAGAAUGAGGAAACCCAGAUGUUCUUACAGGAGCACAUCUCCGAAGACAAAGAAUGGUGGAUUGGAAUAACCUACAGCUCUUCUGCCAAUGAAACUACUGAAGGGUCCAUGAUUUGGUUGGAUACCUCAAAUAUCACUUACAGCAACUGGCACCAAGACCCACCUUCAGUCCUCACAUCUUCCUGUGGCUAUAUCCUGAAGAACUCUGGCUAUGAAUGGGGCAUAACAGAGAACUGCAGCCAGGAGUUUGACUUCAUUUGCGAGUUUGAAUCUAACCAGAGCAUUGCCUGUGACAAUUUCAACGCCACGGUGCAGUGUGGAUCUGGAGAAGUAAUCCAAAUCGGAGACAGCUUCUUCGGCCGAAAAACCCCUCACUAUUGUGUAACAGAGACUGGCCUGGAGUUUGAUGUCGAGGAAGAAUGUAGUUGGGUCAGUGUAAAGGAUGAGGUUGCAGGGCAGUGCCAUGGGCUCCAAGCGUGCCAAGUAGCCGCUGAUGGGACUUUCUUCGGAGACCCUUGUCCUACUUUGGGAAGCUACCUGUCUGUUCAGUACCAUUGCAUGGAAGGUUUGCGACUGGCUGUAACAGGAGAAAGCUUUGUCUUGGAAAAUGUCACCAUCUCCUUGAAGUGGCUGCUUUCUCCUUACUCUGGCAACCUUUCCUGUAUCAUUAGCACUGGAGACGGAAACACAAUCGAUCCAUACUACCCACCAAGCUUGUUGAGCAAUGUGAGCCAUCGCUAUGACUCUCCUGGAGAAUUCACCGUCUUUGUGGAAUGCACAACCAGUGAAUGGCACGUAACGGCUCAAAAACUGCUAACUGUCCAAGAUAAAAUGGAUGCGCUGACUAUUACCAGGUGUUUCAGCAAGUAUGAAGUAGGAAACAGCUCUCACUGCAGGACUCUCUAUCAGGAGACAUUGUGGAUUCAAGUGGAACUUAAUGGAGGCACUGGAGUGACUUAUACUGUCCUAAGCAACAACAAGACUGUGAUGGAGUCCCAUGCAAAGGCAGGAAUCGUUCCUUAUAAUCUGACCCUGGAUGGCGCAUCUCAGCAGCUGAUAGGUCCUGGGAUACAUCGCCUUGAAGUUGUUGCAUCCAGCAACACCACCGAAUCGGAGGUUACAGAAACCCUCAUGGUUCAUUUAGUCGAGCCCAUCUCUGGUCUUCAAGCUGAAUUAACCUCCCACUCUGUGGAGUUAGGAGAAGGUCUGGAAAUAAAAGUCUCUGUUCGUCAUGGUGCUCCCCAAAAAUUGAGGUUUGAAGUGACGGGAUCAAAUGAAACCUUUUCGCACUGGAGGGACUGUCCCGAAGGAGCAGCUGAAACCUACAGAAUCCCACUGGAGGCUGAAGGUACUUUUCUGGUCAAAGUGCUUGCCAUGAAUGCCUUCUCCAACAUGAGCCUUGAUGUAGGAACAGUCACAGUGUCAUCUAACAGUUCUCAUAAAGAAGAUCUUCUUGAGGACGAAGAGAAAUCAAAUAUAAAAAGACGAGUUGAAGACAAAGGAAAAAAUAAGAUAUACAUUAAACCCAGCCGCCACAUUGGACCCUUCACAACUGUUACUCUUGGUUGGCCUGAGGACAGCAACAACUCUGCCUACACUUGGUCUUGUGGUUACUGCUGGCCUGAGUGGGCUGAAUGCAUGCAAAAACAGUCCAUCCAGACGGACCAAAGGGAGAUCUGGAUUCCUCCUGCCUGCCUUCCUCCUCCCAGCUCAGCAGUGACUGUGAAAGUGACAGUCAAAAACCCAGAAAUGGAUGAGAAGCAGGAUGAGCAAUGUCUCUACAUCACAGCAAAACGAGACCUGAGCCCACAAAUCAGUUGUGAGGUGAACUGCAAACCAGUGAAUGUCACUGAAGAUGUUACACUCAGCGUCACAACAGAGACAGACUCAAAGGCCACACUCUACAAAUGGUAUUUGGACCAUACAUUCCACAGAAAGCCCAGUUUGCUCCCACCAAGUUGUAGUUUGACUGGUUUCCCUCAGAGCUCCCUCACUUUGCUUCAGAGCAACACGACAACGCUGGUGCUGAACAGCUCUUUCUCGCAAACACAAGGAGAAGCCUUUAAAAUUAAAGUGACAGCAAUUAAUGAGCACAAAUAUGGCGAAGAAACCUUCAUUGUCAGCACUAUGCCUCUUCCAAGAGCCCCAGUGUGUGCAAUAUCUCCUAGCCAAGGAUCAGUGCUCACAAGUUUUUCCAUCUCCUGCUACUCUUCUUGCCUGGAGGAUCAGUGCCCUCCAACUGACAGCGCCUCACUCACAUACUGCUUCUACCUGGAGCCAAUUUGUUUGCUUGUUCGACAUGGAGAGAUCUGUUUUCUAUCCUGCCAUGAGGUUCAUUCCCCAUCCGAUUUGCCCCUUUCAGAUUCUCUUCUACACUGUGGACAAGAUUCUGUUCUCCCUUCAGUUUAUCUCCCGCUUGGAGAAAGGGACAAUGACUUUCUCUUGCAAAUCCAUGUAUCUGUAACCAACAGUUAUGGUGACACAGUUCAUACAAAUUCCACAGUCAGGGUUUGCCCUGAGGAAAUAAGUGGUGGAAACCAGACCUUGCAGACCAUUAUUUUGGAAAAAUCGAACACCAUCCUAAAAGGAGAGAACAACAGCAUGUCCCUGUUCCAGCUGUACAAGUCAGUGUCUUCUGUUCUCAAUCAAGAGAUGAAGGAAGAGCAUGUCAAUACAUCCCUGAGGACAGAUACAAGGAAGGAGCUGAGAGAGCUCAUGCUGACCACCUUGUCCACUGUUAAUGUGACAUCGAUGCAGACAGCACUUAAGAUGUCGGAAGUGCUGAAAGAAGUCACUUACAGGAGCGAAGAACUGUCUUCCUUGGCACAGGUGGAAGCUGGUCAUACAUUGAAGAGUGUCAGUGAGUCUUUGCUGAUUGUGAAUAGUGAAGAUGGUCAAGAUGACCUACAGCGCAAGGAGGCGGCCAGCUACCUUUUUGCAGCAGUGAGCAACGUCCUGGAGGCUGGAGGUCAGAACAGGACAGAGGACACUUCUGCCCCAGAGAGUUCACAGAGUUUGGUGUCACAGCAAGUUUUAACUGCUGUUGGAAACCUCCAAAGCGCUCUCCUGAUUGGGAAGCUGCCAGAUGAUGAACCCACGGUGCUCACAGCUCCUUCUGCAGUGAUGUAUAUCAACAGGUUGCAGACGGACAACAUAGACAGUGCAUCCAUUAGCGUCUCUGGCUCCAGUUCAGCUAGCUUCACUUUGCCCUCUGCCUCUUCCAUUCGUGUCUUGGAAGAAAGCGACGAGACAGUGGACAUCAGGAUGGUGAGCUUCUCUGUGAAUCCCUUUUCCUCAAGCGACAGUUUUGAGAUCCACAGUGCCGUGGGAGGCCUCACCCUCACCAGCCUUGACGGGACAGUCAUUCCAGUCCAUAAUCUUAUGGAAGACAUGGAGAUAAUUCUGCCAAGGAGUUCAACAAUACAAGACUACAAAAGUGUGUUGAGUUUGCAAGACUUCAGUGCUCUCCAGGUUAAUGUGACCUCAACAAAUGCAUCUCUUGUGAUUCAUUUGGAGCUGGACCAAAACAUUCCACUUACUCUAUAUUUGGGAUAUGGUUAUCAUCCCAAUGAGACAGACUAUGAAUUGAUGGUACAUCUUCCUCACAACAGAAACGCUACAGGUGAAGUAUAUUCCUGGAUCCUUCACCCAGAAGACCUUGUUUUUGGAGAAGGAAUGUAUUAUUUCAUAGCAAGGCCAGAAACAGAAGUGGAGGCAGUUGUUGCCAGCAAUGUAAACAUUUCAGUCAGUUGCUUCAUAUCCCAGUGUGUAUUUUGGGAUGAACACCAUGGGAGCUGGAAUAACUAUGGAUGCUAUGUUGGCCCCAAAACAACCCCUGAUAGCACCCAGUGUCUCUGCAACCAUUUGACCUUCUUUGGGAGCUCUUUCUUUGUGAUGCCAAACACCAUAGACGUCAGCAAAACGGUGGAGUUAUUUGCUACCUUUGUGGACAACCCUGUUGUGGUGACAACCGUGGGUUGCAUCUUCCUUGUAUAUCUGCUGGUUCUGAUCUGGGCUAGAAGAAAAGACAACCAAGAUGACGCCAAAGUGAAGAUAACUGUGUUGGAAGACAAUGACCCUUUUGCUCAGUAUCGCUACCUGGUGACUGUUUAUACUGGACAUCGCCGGGGAGCAGCUACAACCUCCAAGGUGACUCUCACCUUGUAUGGCCAGGAAGGAGAGAGUGAACCGCAUCACCUUGUGGAUCCGGAAACACCCGUUUUUGAGCGAGGAGGAGCAGAUGUCUUUCUCCUCUGCACACUCUUUCCUCUUGGAGAACUGCAGAGCAUCAGACUGUGGCAUGACAAUUUGGGAGAAAGCCCAUCCUGGUAUGUGAACCGUGUGCUGGUUCAUGAUGUUGCCACUGAUCAGAAGUGGUAUUUCCUCUGUAACUCUUGGUUAGCCAUUGAUGUCGGAGACUGUGUCCUGGAUAAAGUGUUCCCUGUUGCUACUGAGCAGGAUAUGAAGCAAUUCAGCAAUCUGUUCUUUAUGAAGACCUCCAAAGGUUUCCGUGAUGGACAUAUCUGGUACUCUAUUUUCAAUCGCUGUCCACGCAGCUCCUUCACACGCGCCCAGAGGGUCUCCUGCUGUUUCUCACUGCUUUUGUGCACCAUGUUGACCAGUAUCAUGUUCUGGGGGGUGCCCAAGGAUCCAGCGGACCAGAAAAUGGAUUUAGGAAAAAUAGAGUUCACAUGGCAAGAAGUGAUGAUCGGCUUUGAGAGCUCCCUCCUGAUGUUCCCCAUCAACUUGCUCAUCGUGCAGAUCUUCAGAAACAUUCGGCCUCGGUCUAAGAAAGAGAAGAAGCCAGGGAAAAGCGGGCGGGUGUCCCCUGACCUGCCUGCUACUCCCCAGCAGGUUACCCAAAGUGUGUCGCUCUCUCCUGAGGCUGUGAUCAAGGAUAUUCGGCGAAUUGCCAGUUCCCUGUUCAAAACCCUCAAGGCACCCUUGCCUUCUCCUGAGCCUGAUUUUGGUAAAUCAACCGAUAUCAAUAAGCUUUUAGCUUUGGUUGAGGAUGUCAUCUGCCAGCAGAAUAGGAUUGGACAGGAAUUUUACGACGAGAGCAAGAAGAAAGAUGAUCCAAUUAUCAUCACCCUCGGGUUGGUGGAUUUACAAGAGAAGACAAGGACUCCAACUCCAGAGAAAGGAAUCAGGGGAAGACUGAAGCAUCGUGACUACAACCGUUGCCUUUACAAGCAGUUGCAACAUGUGGAGAUGGAGUUGGAGCUGUUGGGGCCACAUAAAUUCCAAAGCCCCCAAAGCUACUCUCAGGCUGUGAGGCAGGUGCAGCACAUGAAGGGCCUCCUGGAAAGCCAGCUGUCCUCUGCAGCAUCCGUCAGUGAGAGGGGCUCACCUACUCCCAGCCUUCCAGAAGACGGUAAGAAAGAGCUCACAUCCAAAGGCUUGCCCUGGUGGUUUGUCUACAUUGGCUGGCUCCUGGUGGCAGUCACCAGCGGCGUAUCUGGAUUCUUUACCAUGCUGUAUGGGCUGCAUUAUGGCAAGGACAACUCCAUCAAGUGGCUGAUCUCCAUGGCUAUCUCCUUCUUUGAAAGCCUUUUCAUUACACAGCCAUUAAAGGUUCUAGGAUUUGCUGCUUUUUUUGCUUUGGUGCUUAAAAAAGUGGAGCAGGAAGAUGAGGAGAACACCUCUAUUGAUGGGCCAUUGUCUACUGCAGGUGACUCAAAUCCUAUCUUUGGGGCACGCAGAGACAGCGGAAGCAUCAUGUACCAGCCUCCCCCUGCUACCGAUAUUGAGAAAAUGAAGAGUAAUCGCAUCAAGGAACAGAAAGCGUUUGCUCUCAUUAGAGAAAUCCUGGCCUACUUGGGCUUCUUGUGGAUGUUGCUUUUGGUUGCCUAUGGACAGCGAGAUCCCAAUUCUUAUUAUCUCAACAAACACAUUGAAAACAGCUUCACAGAUGGAUUCGAAGAAGUCUUAAGUUAUCAGGAUUUCUUCACAUGGGCCAGAACCACUUUGAUCAAAAAUUUAUAUGGGCCAUAUCAAGGUUUUAUCACAGACGGCAAUUCCAAGCUUGUGGGAAGCGCACGGAUUCGGCAAGUUCGGGUGAAAAGCAGCACAUGCCCCAUAUCCUCUCAACUGCAUCUGACUGUUGGAGAAUGCCGUGCUCCUUAUUCUUUUGACACAGAAGAUACGACGGAUUAUGGCGUGAACUGGAACAUCUCUUCCCUUGAUAACUCCUCAGAGCUCAGUUCUGUAUGGCAGUACCAGAGCCAGUCUGAACUAAGAGGGCACCCAAUCUGGGGCAAAUUGGCUGUCUAUCGAGGCGGAGGAUACGUGGUUCACCUGGGGACAGAUUCCCAGAAUGCCUCCAGAAUCCUUCAGUACCUCUUUGACAACAUCUGGCUGGAUACCUUUACAAGAGCUGUGUUUGUCGAGUUCACCGUCUAUAAUGCCAACGUGAACCUGUUUUGCAUCGCAAGCCUCAUGUUUGAAACCAGUGCCUUAGGGGCUUUCUUUACACGGGCCGAGCUGCAGAGCGUCCGGCUUUAUCCAUACACAGAUGGCCUGCAUAUCUUCGUAGUAGCAGCAGAAGUCAUUUAUUUCCUCUUUGUCAUCUACUACAUGGUGGGACAGGGAAAGCUCAUGAAGGCUCUGAAAUGGAAUUACUUCCGCAGCAAGUGGAACCUGCUGGAAUUGGCCAUCAUCACAAUCAGCUGGAGUGCCCUGUCGGUGUUUGUAAGACGGACAAUCUUGGGCUCACGAGACAUCAGUUACUAUCAGGAGCAUAAGGACGAGUUUGCAAGUUUCAAUCAGACAGCGACUGUUGAUGCAGUUCUGGGCUACUUGAUCGCCUUCUUGGUGCUUCUCUCCACCGUGAAACUCUGGCAUCUUCUGCGGCUGAACCCCAAGCUGAACAUGAUCACCUCCACCCUGAGGAGGGCCUGGGGAGACAUAUCCGGAUUCGCAACCGUGAUUAUCAUCAUGUUCCUUGCCUACUCCAUAGCUACAAACUUGAUCUAUGGCUGGAAGCUAAACUCUUACAAGACCCUGUUUGAUUCAGCAGAGACAAUGGUUAGCCUUCAACUAGGAAUCUUCAAUUAUGAAGAGGUCUUGGACUACAAUCCUAUUUUGGGCUCCUUCUUAAUUGGCUCCUGCAUCAUUUUCAUGACGUUUGUGGUGCUGAACCUCUUUAUCUCUGUGAUCCUUGUCGCUUUCAGUGAGGAGCAGAAACAUUACCAGGCUUCAGAAGAGGAAGAGAUAGUCGACUUAAUGUUGAAGAAAAUUUCCAGUUUCCUUGGCAUUAGAUGCAAAAAUGAUCAGAAACCAGACUGCGAUAAACCACUGGAAGAACCUGCAGGAAACUAAAGGCAGCUAGAUGGAUGCCAUGCUUAUCACUCCAGUUUACAGCUGCCUUUAAACAUUGUGAUUUUCGUCUUUGUGAAAUGCUGCAGCUCUUUUUAAGUACGGAAAGACUUCCAAGACUAUGAUCUCUAAACCAUUGUAUGUUAAGACUGUAGCCUUAAUCCUGUAUUGAAAGAUAUGGGAAUAAGUGUAACAGAAUUGCAUUGCCUGUUUGACUCUGCGUACUGCUUUAUUGUGCAUUUUGCCCACAGUGUGAUGUAACAAACAAUAUAAUAAAGUAUCCAGUGUGUCAUACGGCUAAAUUAUUUAAAAUUAUAAAAUUAAUACCAGUCCAGUGAAAUAAUGUAUUGUUACGGUAUGCUUUAUUUGGAGAUUAAAUAAAGGAUGAAUCAUUAUGUAUGCUAUUAGGUUUAAUAGUAAU